UCAGUGAGUCAUAUCGUCAACUCACAGAACAAUUUCACUGUUUGGAUUUAUUAUUUGUCGCUUCACGGCAUGGACGGAACUCUAAACUCCGACACGGACCUGAACACAACCAGUCCGUCAGCCCAGCGCAAGAUGAAGUCGUAUAGCAUUGACAGCAUCCUGGGUAGAAGCCCAUCUAAAGACAGUUCAAAUGAAGCAAAUUGUGAAUUGCGUCUUAACGCAGGUUCUCCCCAACCGCACUGCCUGUCGGAGACUCGCUUACACAGCCCGCACGCUCUACACCGGGACUCUUGCUACAGCUCACCCCGGGGGGACGGGCCGGACUGCUAUGGGUCCCACCAUGGUGAGGUUCGAGAAGGGUGCUACGGGUCCCCCCGUGAUGAGGUGCGAGAUUGCUACGGGUCGCCCCGUGGUGAUGUAAAAGAUGAAUCCUCCAUGGAGGAGAUUGAUGAGGGUCGGGGAAUUGAUGUCACUGGCUCUGAGGCUGAGGACAACGGGUCCAAACCCAGAAAAAUCCGGCGAAGUCGAACAACGUUCACGACGUUCCAGCUGCACCAGCUAGAGAGAGCAUUCGAGAAGACCCAAUACCCAGACGUUUUCACAAGGGAAGAAUUGGCCAUGAGGCUAGAGCUCAGCGAGGCACGCGUACAGGUCUGGUUCCAAAAUCGCCGUGCCAAGUGGAGAAAGAGAGAGAAAGCUCUUGGAAGAGAAAGUCCCAAUUUUCUGUCUGGAGAAUCUCCCCAAUCACUAGCCGACCUCCCACCUCUCGGGGGUCCACCAAUGGCCCUGCAGUCGACCCUUGACCCCUUCUGGUCCGCCCGGUUUCCCAAUCUCACCGGCAUCAGCCCCAUGCUUGCUAUCAACCACAUCGGUGGAAUGCCGUCUCACUAUUUCCAAGGAAAGGCUGUGACACCUUUUGGUGGACUUCUGUCGAACUAUAUGGUGGCGGCUGGAAACAUUCCCGUUCAAAACAUGUUCAUGGGAUCCCAAAUGGCGGCCGUGACAUCAUCACCUUUAAAUCUCGCGCCUUCGAGAAUCUCGCCUGAAAACGAGAGUUUGGACAUGAGAAAAUCUAGUAUUGAUGCUCUUCGCUUAAAAGCAAAGGAACAUUCCGCUACAAUGGGCGAUCAGAUUGUAUUCUCUGGUCUAGGACAUCCACAUCAGGAGGUGGCUAAGUCAUGACUAAAUUUCCGAUAAGGAAUUAGAGAAAUUAUUCAAAUUUAAAUUAUGUGCUCCUUGACAAGUUAAAAAGCCGGCUAUCUAUGAAUGUGUUGAUUUCUGUAAAUUUAGACCAGGCAUAGCCCUACUAAAGUGUACCAUAAAUCGAUCUAGAUGUUCCAGAAAUGAUUCUUUCUCAUCUGAUGGUUUGAUGUGUAUCAAUCAAUGUAUUCUGUUGAGAUUAUACUAAAUGCAAUAAGUGUCCACACACCAACAAUGUAUUAAGAUGAAUUUCCGAAA